UCUCCUCCCUUCAGGGAAGAUGAUAAGGACGGGCACUUUGUCUACGAGCUGGGCGACAAUCUUACUUCAAGAUACAAAAUACUCAGCAAGAUGGGGGAAGGCACUUUUGGAAGAGUGCUCGAGUGUUGGGACAGGAAGAACAAGGAGUAUGUUGCCAUCAAGAUUGUUCGAAAUGUGCAGAAAUACAGGGACGCUGCAAUGAUAGAGCUGGAGGUGCUGAACACUUUAGAAAAGAAUGACCCGGAGGGCAAGCUGCACUGUGUCAGCCUGCUGGAGUGGUUCGACUACAGGGACCAUGUCUGCAUGGUGUUCGAGAAGCUGGGGCUCAGUCUCUACGACUUCCUCCGGCGAAACGGCUACACCCCUUUCCAUGUGAACCUGGUACGAUCGUUUGGGAAGCAGCUGCUGGAGAGCGUGGCGUACCUGCAUGAAUUGCAGUGUAUACACACCGACUUGAAGCCGGAGAACAUCCUCCUAGCCUCUCUAGAGUACAGCAAGCACAGCGAGCUCCCGGGGACAAGGGGCGCGAAGCGGAUGCCGGAGAACAGCGACAUAAAGGUGAUCGACUUUGGCAGCGCCACGUUUGACGACCAGUACCACUCGUCCAUAGUGUCAACGCGGCACUACCGGGCGCCCGAGGUCAUCCUGGGCCUCGGAUGGACCUUCCCCUGCGACAUCUGGUCUGUGGGCUGCAUCCUGGUGGAGCUCGCCACAGGCGACGCGCUCUUCCAAACGCACGAGAACCUGGAGCACCUGGCCAUGAUGGAGGCCGUGCUGGAGAAGAUCCCGGAGCACCUUGCCGCCGCUGCCAACGCCGCCGCCCGGAAGUAUUUUGUCACCAGGUUGGAGCUGAACUGGCCCGGGGGUGCGGCCAGCAGGCGCAGCGUGCGUGCAGUCGCAAAGCUGUCGCCCCUCAAACAGCUCAUGGCCUCGCUCGGCGACAAGUCCCUGAAGCCCCACCUAGACGCCCUCCAGGACCUCCUCUUGCAGAUGCUGCGGUACGAUCCGAAGGAGAGACUAACGGCGCACGAGGCGCUGCAUCACGACUUCUUCAGGAUGGGCGCCGCGGCGACGGCCACGCCGAACGGGCGGCUGCGGCCGGAAAAGAAGGAGAUCAGCGCCACAUACGCUGAGCCGGCCGAGGCCGCCGUGGUGGGCCUGGGAGGCAGCGCCUCGGGUGAGCACCGCUGCCCACAGCACUAUUUGUGCGGCAGACCUUGA